CUAUAUAUUGCGGCCUCAAGUAGGUCAUGCGCAGUUGAGCGACAGCACUGUAACAAGAAGUGUGCAUUCGAUACUGCUUAUAAAGCAAAACUCAACACAAUGGCAGAAAGAGACAGAGCCGCAAAUCAGCUGAAGGAAUUCGAUGAAAAUCAAGCUGGCCAGAAAAGUGCUAUUACAACAGGUGCAGGAUCUCCAGUUGGCGCCAAAAAUGCCGUAAUGACAGUGGGGCCACGAGGGCCUCUUCUUGCACAAGACUUUGUGUUUUUUGAUGAAAUGAUGCAUUUUACCAGAGAGCGAAUCCCAGAACGAGUGGUGCAUGCCAAAGGGUCAGGAGCCUUUGGCUAUUUUGAGGUCACCCAUGACAUCACCAAGUACACUAAGGCCAAGCUUUUUAAUCAAAUCGGCAAAAGAACACCUCUUGGUGUGCGUUUCUCCACAGUUGGUGGUGAGAAAGGCUCAGCAGACACAGCUCGUGAUCCCCGGGGCUUUGCUGUCAAGUUCUACACAGAAGAUGGCAACUGGGAUCUGACGGGCAAUAACACACCCAUUUUCUUUAUUCGAGAUCCGAUGCUGUUUCCCAGCUUCAUUCACACUCAGAAGAGGAAUCCAGCUACAAACUUGAAAGACCCAGAUAUGGUGUGGGAUUUCAUCACACUGAGACCAGAGACAACCCAUCAGGUGUGCUUCAUGUAUUCAGAUAGAGGAACACCUGAUGGCUAUCGCCACAUGAAUGGAUAUGGAAGUCACACCUUCAAACUUGUCAACAAAGACAAUCAGGCUGUCUACUGCAAGUUUCACUUCAAGACUGACCAGGGCAUCAAGAAUCUGAUGGCCAAAAGGGCAAUGGAUCUUUGUGCCUCAGACCCAGACUACUCACAACGGGACCUCUAUAAUGCCAUUUCAGAAGGAAACUUCCCAUCAUGGAGCCUAUACAUCCAGGUCAUGACCUUCGAGGAGGCAGAAAAAUUCCGCUUCAAUCCUUUUGACCUAACAAAGGUUUGGCCACAUGGUGAAUACCCACUGAUCCCUGUUGGGCGCAUGGUUCUGAACCGCAAUCCCAAAAACUACUUUGCUGAAGUUGAACAGAUUGCCUUUUCGCCUUCACACAUGGUGCCUGGCAUUGAGCCCAGUCCAGACAAGAUGUUGCAGGGCCGUCUCUUUGCAUAUUCAGACACUCACCAUCAUCGCCUUGGCAACAAUUACCUGCAGAUUCCUGUUAACUGUCCCUUCAAUUCCAAAGUGCAGAACUACCAGCGAGAUGGUGCUCAGUGUGUCAAUGAUAACCAAGGUGGUGCUCCUAACUACUACCCCAACAGUUUCUCUGGUCCUGUUGAUGACAAGAAAUAUUUGGAAUGCCCACAGCAUUUUGCUGGGGAUGUGACCCGCUACAACACUGAAGAUGAUGACAACUUUACACAACCUGGAGUCUUCUGGAAUAAGGUGCUGUCAUCUGAAGAGCGUGCACGGUUGGUGGAGAAUAUUGUUGACCAUCUCAGGCUUACGCUGGACUUCAUCCAAGAACGUGCUGUCAAGAAUUUCACUGCUGUAGAUCCCGAGUUUGGGAACCGUGUGAGACAGGGAUUAAAUGCUUUCAAGUCUCCAAAGACCAACGGAAUUGGAGUUUAUAUCACUAAGCUUCAAGCUGGAAUGACUAGACUUUGAAUGCCAAAAAAGAACUACUUCUUCCUCAGUCCAGGCCAGCCUUUGAACACCCAACCAGCAUCUGGAUGCAAGAUGGCUCUUGGCAGAUAUAAAGUCUACCCGCUGAUCCUUUGUAUGUCACAGUUCUUUGUGAAGCAGAGAAUGCUGCUGUGUUUACAUCAUGUUGAAGCACUAUUGUCUGCUUCUGCAUGUUGGACAUUUUGCACUGACGAUUACCAAAGCUUUCUACAUUACUGAAACCAGAUGUAUCAGUUGAUACUAAUUUCAAUCCCUAACUUUUUUUUUUCCAAUACAGGAACAUCUCCUUAUUAAGACCUUAGGUAUUGCAACCCAAAUUUUUUCACAGACCUACAUUCCUAUAAAAACAUUAUCUUUAUUACAACUACCUCCCCAAUGUAACUAAAGACAAACUGUUUGGGCUCUAUUAUGACCUUUUUGCGGAAGUCAUAUGCUGAAAAAUAUUAAAUACUUUUUAAAAUGGGCUGCUUUUUGCAAACCAUUUGUCAUGUAUUAUGACUUCCUACAGAAAUAACAAAAUAAAUUAAGCAAAUUUUGAGACUGCUUGUUCACUGGUUCACUGGUCAUUUUGACUUAAACCAUAUCACUCCAGUCAUAGCCACCAUCUGCCAGAGUUGUAUUGACCCAGCUAUGACUAUAUCAUCCCACAUAAAUAUACAUUGUCCCAACAUCAAAAGUUGAAUCGGCCCAUGCCAAAAUUGAUCAUCAAUGACACUAUUAAUGUCAAAUAUUACCAAUUCAUGCACCAUCUUACCAAAAAUGGCCGCUGGACAAUGCAUAUUCCAAGAACAAAUCUGACAAUGAUGCAAAAACACAAUAUUCUCUUAAAUCAUUGGGGUUUUUUAAAUAAAUUUUGUUAUUGUUAUUCUUUAGUUUAUUAUUAUUAAAUGUACGUGCAGACAUUUGGUUAAAAUCUCACAGCGGUGCAUCAGUAUGGUUUUCUUUUAAAUCAGUUUAAAAAAAUUCUUUUUUGUAACUAUUCUUUAAUUUGUAGGUAAAGUAUAGCCAGAAGUUAGGUUAACAUCAAACACGUGUCAUUACUCGGGCAUUUGUUAAGCCUGAACUUGACUCAAUUCAACUUUUGGUGUUAGGACAGUGACGUGGUCUUACUUGGGAUAAUGUGGUUAUAGCAAGGUCGAUUCGACUCAAGCAAGAGGCAAAUAUAGCUGGGGUAAUAUGGGUUUUGGUUGCAGAACUUUCUUUAAAAAAUAUAAAUAAUGCAUUUUAAGACCACGGUAGACCCAUUUGUCUAGCACAGUACAUUGACUGCUCUUACCUGAAGAGUUCUCCUAUAAACUUUAGUCAAACGCAAUAAUUACAGAAUAAGUAAGCAUGACCAAAUGAAAGCAAAUACAGCAAAGAGAAGCAUCAUAUGGUUUAUAAGACCUUUAUUUCAACAUUUAAGUAAAUGAACUUGAAUUUAUCUAUGUUUGAAGUCAUGGUUCAUGAAAGCAGACUGGCUGAUUUCCCUUCUACAACCCAACUUUGAUUUUAGUGAGUCUUAAUAGGGAGGUUUUGCUGUAUAAGAUUGACUCUUGGUGUAUAUAUAUAUAUUUGUUUGUUAUUUUGAUGAUUUUUCACAAAUAAUACAGCUUUUUGUGACCUCUAAUAUUCAACACCAUAGGCGAAAUUACACUCAUUGUCUGUAAGCAUAACUCCUCAGACAUAGCAUUUAACACCUAUAAAUUACAUCCUUUUAUAUAUGUAUACACUCACACUAUAUUAAACAUAUCCUUGUAGAUAUUUUCUCCACCAUAAUGAAGCAGGAUUCUGACACUUCUAUUCUGCUACAAAAUGAUGAAACAUAGGUACAGAAAAAAAAAUUAAGUACUGAUUUUAGUGUAAUUUAGUUUUUUCCCAAAAUCUGGAUAUUUUUGCUUUUUCUUGCUUCUGUUACAAAAUAAAUGUUUUGUUUCUUCACUUGUCAGCUGCAGCAUAUAAUCAAAGUAUCAUCUUUUUCACUUUAUCAGAGAUGGUUGUGCAUUAAUUAUUUUUAACCAUGAUUUUUUUAUAUAACACUUUUGCCUCCAUUGCCAAGAACUGAUCAUAGUUCUGCUGGGUGAGAAAAUUUAUAAAUAACGCAACAGAAAGGAAUGGAGGAAGAGAAAAUGCCAGAUACUAUAAAUUAAUGUGUGGAUGAGAGCUAACAGGAAAGGGAAAUAAACUUAUGUAAACUGCAUCAUAUUGCUGAUAUCAUUGAUAAAGAUUGUUUUAUGA